UGCCCGGUGGCGGAGCCCGGCUGCGUUUGGCAGUACGACUUGGCGGCUGUCUGGGGCUUUGCGGGAGGAGGGAGGAAAGGGAUGGAGGGGGCAUGACCGAAAUACAAGUGUAGUCUUGAAAAAGCGCUUAUGUAAGGUUCCAUGUCGAUGGGCUUUAAACGUGUUUGUUUUAUGGUGUUGGGGCUUGCUUUCUGUCUUUUGGAGCAAUGCUCUUUUGUACUAGAAUGAAAUUUAGUUUCAUUUCUUUUUGUUCUUGGGAUGUACUUCAGUGUUUUUCAGUAGAGUCAGGUUGGUUUCAUUUCUUUUUAUUCUUGGGCUAUAUGUGUGUAUUUUUCAGUGUAUGCGUAUGGUGUCUAAGCUCUGAAAUCCUUAUUGGAGAGACUUUGCAGCACCAUCCAGACUGAGCCUCCUUGGUGACUGUCACACCGUCCCUGAAGUUCUGUUUAAAUUUCCUGGCUGACGGAACUGGUUGCAGAAACAUAGGUAAGAUUAGUUUGGGGAUGUGAAUACAAUGAGUGUAAACCAGCAAGCUCACACAGGGCCUCCUUAUGGGCAACCUCAGCCUGGAUAUCACGGAUACCAGCAGCCUGCCUACGGAGGACAGCCACUGCCAGGGGUUCCUCAGUCGCAAUAUGGAGUUUAUAAUGGGCCGAUGCCAGGAUAUCAACAGCCAGGCCCUCCACAAGGUUACUUUCCUUCCUUGGGGUUCCCUGCAAAGGGCUCUCCUGUAUCUCUCAACUCUGACACUUCUACUCUUGCACCUAAUUUCAUAGGUUCAUUAAGAGCCCCUCCAACAUCUGGAGCUCCCCCUCCAGCCUCUGGAGCAUCUCUUACUUCUGGCCACGUGGCAUACAGUCCGUUUGGACAUGGAGAUGUGCAGAAUGGGAUUCCAGCCUCAGCAGCCCCAAUGCAGAGGACACCUGCUUCUCAGCCGUUUCUGCCAGGCUCAGCACCCACGCCUGUCAGCCAGACAUCUACGCUCCAGCAAUAUGGUCCCCCCCCAGCCAGUGUACAGCAGCUCAGCAAUCACAUGGCAGGGAUGACAAUUGGCAGUCCUGCAGCCUCUGCUCCUCCCCCAGCUGGACUGGGCUAUGGUCCCUCAACAUCGGUUCCCCCAGUCUCAGGAAGCUUUAGUGCAACAGGAUCUGGUCUCUACACACCUUACACUGCGAGCCAAGGACCUCCUCCUACCAGUGUGUCUCAGGGUCUUCCUUUGGCACAGCCUCCGUUUCCUGGUCAACCAGUAUCAACUCAGCGCCCGCCUACUCAAGUCCCUGGCUUUGCCCCACCUCCCUCUUCUACAGGGGUUGGACCUUCCUCUUACCCUCCCACUACAGGUGCCCCAAGGCCACCUACCAUGCCAGGCCCACCACUGCCUGGGCAGACAGUUGCUGGACCACCGAUGCCCCAGCCUAAUCAUGUGUCCUCACCGCCACCUCCAUCAACUAUGUCAGGGCCACACCCUGGGCCUCCCAUGAGUGGUCUCCAUGGACCACCUCCUCCCACUCAUCCUCCUCAGCCAGGAUACCAAAUGCAGCAGAAUGGUUCCUUUGGGCAGGUGAGAGGUCCCCAGCCAAACUAUGGAGGAGCCUAUCCAGGAACACCAAAUUAUGGAAGUCCGCCCGGACCACCACCUCCGCCAAAACGCUUGGAUCCAGAUUCCAUUCCUAGCCCUCAACUUAAUGAGCUGCCACCCCAGCAGAAACCCAGGCACAGAAUAGACCCAGAUGCAAUUCCUAGUCCCAUUCAAGUGAUCGAAGAUGACAGAAGUAACCGUGGGUCAGAACCAUUUGUCACUGGAGUGAGAGGGCAGGUUCCACCUCUUGUUACUACAAAUUUCUUGGUCAAGGAUCAAGGUAACGCAAGCCCUCGCUACAUAAGAUGCACAUCUUACAAUAUUCCCUGCACCUCAGAUAUGGCCAAACAGUCCCAAGUUCCCCUAGCUGCUGUCAUAAAACCACUGGCUACUCUACCCCCCGAGGAGACCCUUCCUUAUUUGGUAGACCAUGGAGAAUCCGGCCCUGUCCGAUGCAAUAGGUGCAAGGCUUACAUGUGCCCUUUUAUGCAAUUCAUUGAGGGUGGAAGGAGGUUCCAGUGUUGUUUCUGCAGCUGUGUCACUGAGGUGCCACCUCAUUACUUCCAGCAUUUGGAUCAUACUGGAAAGCGAGUGGACUUCUAUGACCGACCUGAGUUAUCACUGGGGUCUUACGAGUUUCUAGCAACAGUUGACUAUUGCAAGAACAACAAGUUUCCCAGUCCACCUGCUUUCAUUUUCAUGAUUGAUGUGUCUUACAAUGCUGUGAAGAGUGGCUUAGUGAGGCUAAUAUGUGAAGAAUUAAAGUCACUCCUAAAUUACCUGCCCAGGGAGGGCAACAUGGAAGAAUCAGCCAUUCGAGUAGGCUUUGUCACCUACAACAAAGUGUUACACUUCUAUAACGUGAAGAGCUCACUGGCACAGCCACAAAUGAUGGUUGUUUCAGAUGUGGCAGAUAUGUUUGUGCCACUCCUUGACGGUUUUCUGGUGAACGUGAAUGAAUCCAGGACGGUUAUUGCCAGUUUGCUGGAUCAGAUUCCAGAAAUGUUUGCAGACACAAGAGAAACAGAAACAGUUUUUGCACCUGUGAUUCAAGCAGGGCUGGAGGCGCUGAAGGCAGCUGAGUGUGCUGGCAAGCUCUUCAUUUUCCACACCUCUCUGCCCAUCGCGGAGGCCCCAGGGAAGCUAAAGAACAGGGAUGAUAAGAAACUGAUCAACACAGACAAGGAGAAGACUUUGUUUCAACCACAGACAAGCUUUUACAACAACCUGGCCAAGGAUUGUGUGGCCCAGGGCUGCUGUGUGGAUCUGUUCCUGUUUCCAAACCAGUAUUUGGAUGUGGCGACACUAGGCGUAGUAACCUACCAGACGGGAGGCUCCAUUUAUAAGUAUGCCUAUUUCCAGCUGGAGACAGACCAGGAUAGGUUCCUGAAUGACUUGAGAAGAGAUGUGCAGAAAGAAGUGGGAUUUGAUGCUGUAAUGAGAGUGCGCACAAGCACAGGUAUUCGAGCAACUGACUUUUUUGGAGCCUUCUAUAUGAGCAACACAACAGAUGUAGAGAUGGCAGGUUUGGACUGUGAUAAAACAAUCACGGUGGAAUUCAAGCACGAUGACAAACUGAGCGAAGACAGUGGUGCGCUCCUUCAGUGUGCGCUGUUGUAUACAAGUUGUGCAGGACAGCGACGACUCCGCAUUCACAACCUCUCCUUAAACUGUUGCACACAGCUUGCUGACCUCUAUCGAAACUGUGAGACAGACACGCUCAUCAAUUACUUGGCUAAAUACGCAUAUCGUGGAGUUUUGAGUAGUCCAGUGAAGACUGUACGAGAUGCACUGAUCAACCAGUGUGCCCAGAUUCUAGCUUGCUAUCGAAAGAACUGUGCUAGUCCCUCUUCUGCUGGCCAGCUGAUCCUCCCUGAAUGCAUGAAGCUGCUUCCUGUGUACUUGAACUGUGUGUUGAAGAGUGACGUCCUUCAGCCCGCUCCGGAGGUCACAACAGAUGACCGUGCCUACAUUCGUCAGUUAGUCACAUCCAUGGAUGUGGCAGAAACAAACGUUUUCUUUUAUCCCAGGCUUCUGCCCCUGCAGACCAAAGCAGAUGUUGACAGUGACUCCUUGCCACCAGCAAUCCGGAACUCGGAAGAACGUCUCUCCAAGGGUGACAUAUACCUGCUGGAGAACGGGCUGAACAUCUUCGUGUGGGUGGGAGUCAACGUGCAGCAGGGCCUGAUCCAGAACCUCUUUGGCGUGUCGUCCUUCGGCCAGAUCAGCAGCGCCUUGAGUACCCUGCCUGUCUUGGAAAAUCCCUUUUCAAAGAAAGUACGAUCUAUUAUUAACAUGCUUCAAAUGCAGAGAUCCCGCUACAUGAAGUUAAUAAUUGUGAAGCAAGAAGAUAAGUUGGAAAUGCUGUUCAAACACUUCCUAGUGGAGGACAAGAGCCUGAGUGGGGGCGCUUCAUACGUGGACUUCCUGUGUCACAUGCACAAGGAGAUUCGGCAGCUACUGAGCUAGAGGAGGGAGCGGUGCUGGAGCUCAGCAGUGACAUUUUGGUCUCCACUAAUGACCUGAUCAGAAGGCCCAGCGCCCUCAAAAAGGACAACAUAGAAAUCUGUACAAUUCCAUAAUUUUUAAUACACAUUGCAUAAGCAGAAAUCCUUUCAACCUCUCCCAGUCCCGUAAGAGAGAUGAAAAAUUUUCCUGGUGAGGGCUAAAAUAAAAAAGAAAAAAAAAAAAAAAAAAA